GGGAGAUCGGGAAAGACUAAAGAGCAUAACAAGAUGAUGUCUAGCGAGAACAAGACGGUCAACGACAGCCAGAAAGUCUCUGUAUCUGUACCUUCUGUUCCAGAUCCAAGCCAUGCCCCGGUUGAACUCUCUGGUUCGAAUGAUAGGGAUCAUAAGUAUCUAACUCAAGCUGUUGAAGAAGCGUACAUUGGAGUUGAGCGUGGUGAUGGCCGCCCUUUUGGAGCGGUUAUAGUUCAUAAGAACGAAGUCCUUGUGAGCUGCCAUAAUAUGGUUUUGAGACACAAAGACCCAACCGCACAUGCUGAAACCGUAGCCAUUAGAGAGGCAUGUAAGAAACUAAACAAUAUCAAGCUAUCGGAAUGCGAGAUUUAUGCAUCCUGUGAGCCUUGUCCGAUGUGUUUUGGAGCCAUCCAUCUCUCAAGACUUAAGAGAUUGGUGUAUGGGGCGCAAGCAGAAGCAGCUGUAGCCAUCGGGUUCAAUAGCUGCGUAGCCAAUGGUGUGAAAGGCACUGAGCUCUUCCAUAAGUCUAAUCUAGAGAUCGUAAAACUCGAUGUGAGUAUCGCUGAGCAAGUGUUCCAGAAUACAAAGGGGAAGUUCAGUUUAUAGUUAGAAAUGCAUUUGUUUAUCACCUACACUAUGUAUGUACUCUCUUCUUUAGUGUGAACGAUCUAUCUAUCUAUCUAUCACAGAAAUUCUGUGACGUUGUUAGCUGCGAUAUUGUUGUGAGUCUUGUGACUGAGAGGGGUGUCACAGAGUUUGGCUUCUCUCAUUGGUAACUUGACCGAUGUUAUACAUAACAUACUAGGUCUGAACACAUUUAACCGGAACUGAAGAUUCG